GCGCCCUUGGGCACACGACAAGAUCUUCAGUUCGCUGAUAUAAAAGCGUCACACUGAACGAAAAAAUAUAGUCAAACCGUAAACGAAUCAGUGAACGUGUUGUUGGUGUGAGUUAAAACAAAAAAAUGUUAUUAUCCUUCAUAUAUAACUUUACCGUUAUAACAUUAAUCGCGCUACAAUUAUUGGGACCGACACAAGCCAGAAUUAUAAGCGAUUGUGACAGCGUCGCAUUGGAAACAACGGAAUAUAUACCAAAUUCAAAUACAGCAUGUAAUUCCCGUUAUCCAUAUAUUUACUGUGAUGGUGAAUCGUCGGCCUACUGUACACAGGAUGAAUGUUUGGAAGAUUACCAGUGUGAGAACGCAGAUUUAAGUGAAUUAUCAGAAGAAGAAGAACAGGUGUCAGCUACAACCGAUGCCCCCACAGUAAUAAUAGCGGAGAGUACGGCCACAACACCUAAAACAACAACCAUGGUAACAACUAUCACCACGCAGAGGGCAACUAGUACCGAAACAAUAACGCAGGUGACACCAAUAACAACGAAAAUAACAGCAACAACUAUUAAUAACUCAACCACAAUAAAACCUCUACUUACGAGUACAACAACAAUAGACGUACAAAAUAUCAAAAGUCUUUGCCGUGCGGGUGUCUUCGCGAAUUAUGCUUAUUCGAGAAAUUGUCGUUACUACUAUCGUUGCACCAACGGUUAUUUCUUAUUACAGGAGUGUGGCUAUUUAAUGCUCUUCGAUGCUUACGAUGGUUACUGUAAGAGUGCCAGAGAGGCGCGCUGUGUUAGCCGGCUGAUUAGUGUGUAAUUUUGAUUUUAAGGGCAAGUCUGACUAGAGACCUCGAAAAAGUAUUAACUGUUACGGUUUAUGCUGCCAGUAAGGAAAUAAGAAUCGAUUUUCUCGCUUUCAAGAUUUAUUAAACAUGUCUUUAAGUGUAUAAAAGAGGGUAAUGGUUUACGAAAUAGUUUUGUAUAGUAAUAAAUUAUUUAUUGGAAUUUAAACUUAAAAACAUUGCUUUCAAUUUAUUGGGUCUAUAACGCUCUUCGCACGUAAUCAUAUUGAAGUCAAAGUAUUCUCCGUUUGAAGCAAUAACAAUGUCGAUUCCAUCUCAAAAGAACUGCUCCGCUUGGCGGCCAAGAAUGAAGCCAAUUUUUG